AUGAUCAAUGCGCCUAUUAUGGUAUACGGUGUGGCAAAUUUGAUCCUAUCACUGGUCUCGGUGGGCGGCAUUUUUAUAUUCAUUACUCGGGCCGACCGACAUGUCCACACUUUUUCGCAUGCCAUCUUCGUGUGUGUGUUCAUUGUGCUCGUGGACGCAUUUGCCAAUUUAGUGAUAUUCAUUACCGACCAGAGCAACUACCACAACCAAUGUGUCAGCGAAGCAUCGACCUCUAUCAUCAACAAUGUCAAUAACGCCAUGAAUGGCACUCAGACAUCAUUCAACUACAAUAACGAUUAUUACAACUGCGACAAUUUAUGGCAAGACGAGCUGAAAUUUGGCAUCAUAUUCUAUGUGCUUCAAUUUGCAUUCUAUUCGUAUUGGGCAUUGUGCAUUUACAGUUUCUCGCUGGUAAUCAGAGGAUUUGCAACAGAGGUGUUUCUCCGUAAUGGAGGCGGUGGCAGUGUGCCCAUGAUGGGAGGGCCCCCUCCACCCGGUGUUGCACUACCACCCAGUGCCAUGAUCAACACGCCUGCAGGUGGUGGUGGUGGACCCUUCCCGCCUAAUGAUCGCCAAGUCAUUGUGCUCAAUAAUGCAAAGCCGGGAUCAAAGACCAAAAGACGCAUCGAUACCUUUUCUUUUAGAAACAUCAAGCGAUCUUCCACAUCAGCAACAAAACCACUGAUGCAGCAGCAGCAGCAACACACAGCCAUGGACCAGUUGCAUGUGCCAUUUGGCGCAAGAGACUCUCAGUUUACUAUUGGAUUUAGAUUAGGUCCAGAUGGAAACAUCAUUGACAUUGAAAAUGCACCUUCUCCGACGCCUACAUUUAUCAAUUCCACACAACAAUUAAAACGAAAGCCUAUUAUGACCGAGGAUGACACAAAGUAUUAA